AUGGAAGCUUCCGUGACGGAAAUAUUUGAAAAACAUACCGCUGAUGAGAAUCAGCUUAGAAACGACGUCGAAAGCAAGAAGAUGGAACUCCGCUUUCUCGUUGGUGAACGCCAUCGUGAUGUCAUCGAGGCUUCUGACAAUAUUCUCUGCAUGAAAGAAUUCAGCAACAGCAUAACAGAAAAACUCCAAGCAUUGGAAAAGUGCUGCUCAUAUGAAUCCUUUGCGCCGGCAAAUAUAUCUUGGUCAAAGCGUCAACAUUCAGGCAAUCCCAAGAAGUUGAUUGCAUCUCAACUGAAACUCCUCCUUGACAUUCCCGAAAUGAUUUGGUCGGCUCUGGACGAGAUGGACUACACAGGAGCGGUGGAAUUCUUCCUUCUUGGACGCCACCUCUCAGUGAAGAUGCAUCUCACGGGAGAGGCAAUGGCUGCUCACGUGAAUCCACGUGUGUUGGUUAAACGUCAGUGGGCAGCUCUGGAUGACAUUGAGAAUACUAUCGCCUCAGCUUGCCGCAAACAACUCGCACUUCCGACUGUCUCCGACGAGAUCCUGGCUCAAGCACUCACUGCCCUACUCGUGCUGGAAGAUCAGACGAUGCGUACUGCUUUGGACGAAUUUCUCUCCGGUCGUACGACAGCACUGAGUUGUAUUCUGGGUGUUGACGAGGUCUCCAAAGGACGAAUGAACAUCGGGGUUGACCAGCGUCUAUCUACGGUGGUGCGUCUCUUUACACAGACCUCCGAGGCUGUAACCAAGCUCUUUCUGCCCAAGGGUCAAAUUGCUACGUUGCUGGAACAGAUGUCAAAGUGGUGUCCUCGUGUGAGCAAUACUGGGUCGUCUCUCUACACUCUAUCAACCCUAGAAACCGCUUGGUUCAGUGGCGAGAAUUUGUUCGAGUACCUGCCAGAAAACAUCGCCUACUACCACGUAACUCAGGCGCCGGCCCAAACACACCAGCUGAAAUCACCCACCUCCGGUCCAUCAGAAGAGAAGAACUUCGACACCCAGCCCAGUGGCAUUCGUGCCUGUCCGCUGUCCGUAGAAGAUUUGACGGAUCCGUUCAAGGAGUGGUGGCAAUCAACCCUGGGCUUCAGCCAACAACAACUCUCCACCGUCCUCUCCUCACACCUCGUUGAUAUCACCGACCUUGUGGACGCCCGGCACACUUUGCUCUCCAGCCUUCCCACCUCUUCUGGUCAUGUUGACGACAGCAGUUCUGCUCCUCACCCUCUGGGGCGUCGUGUUGACCUUUGGGCUGACCUCUUCCAACCUCCCUUCCUCCAGCAUCUUGAAGCUUUGCUGAAAUCCACUCUCAACGAGAUCUUCACAGACUUUGAGACGGCCUUACUUUCCCUGGCCAAAUCACUUGACCAGAUGGAGGAUAAGUCUCACCAAACUUCAUCGGAUGAAAUACCAGUGCCUUUAGACAAGGAGGAAAUGUCAUCAGAACUGGAUUUGGCGUCGUUUGUAUGGUCACAGAGCUCUAAUUCCACCGAUCUGUCAAAUUACUACCAAGAGGAAAAGAAUCAACUUCUGUCAUCACUGGACGACCCCGUCGAUCAUUUGGACAUUUGUCCACAGGACCUGGUGAUGGCCUACUUUGCCUGUCUUGUGGGUCGAAAGGACCUCCUUCCACGUCCGUCAGCCACCCAGGAUGCUUCCAGCCAACUCCCAGGUCCCCUACGAUGGCGGUUGAGUCGACUCCUGGAAAGCGCUGCUGCCACUUACGCCUUAUUCGACUGUCGUAAAGGAGAGGGAGGGACAAUGAGCGAAACCGUCUGUGCUAGUCGACAUGAAAUUAACCUAAAAAGGCGUCUCGUCACACCCCAGUUGAAACGGUACGCUGUUCGAAUGAGCUUGAUCUCGCAGUUGAGUUAUGGUACUGCAGACGAAUGCAAGCGUCAAUACCUACAGGAAGACGGCGGAGAUGAGGAUAUAGAAGGAAUUUGUAGCACAUUCAAUAACCGUCUCUGCGAGAUCGUUGCCACCUCGGCUUCUGAGGACGUCACCACGUGGAAAGUUCUUCUAUCCUCUGUCGAGGAGCUCUUGGAGCGAUGCUGUAAUCUGGCUCGGCGCGUCUCCAACGAACUGCCACCGCAGGGUGGGGCUCGUGGUGCCUUCUGCGUAGCGCGGGCCUGUUUCUGCCUCCUUGACGUCUAUCCCGCGCUUGGAGCUACUGUUGUCACGGCAACUGCACGAUUGCUAGCUGAGGAAGCAAAGAGCCCUUCGUUCACUCCAUGGACGGAUGUGUCAAAACUGCGUCAAGCCUGGCUCUCUACUAGUCGAAGUCUUCGCUCCAUCGCCGCGCGUUUGAGUCUUACUGCUAUUUUACGCGUAACCGUCGAAUCUCCAGCUCUGGAGAACCUUUUUCAAUCACUCUCCUCUGUCUGCAAUGCUUCUAGUGCCAGUGACGCAAAAUUAGUCGCCAUCACCUCUCAAUGGUGUGAGAUCAUGUUGAAGUCUUCCCCACAAGAUACUGACUCAUCGGCAGCAGUUGUACGGUUGAGAGUCCCCUCCCAUCCCUCCUGGCCACUUCAGGAGACUCUAUUCACCAUAGCACGGAGCUUGACAACUCUCAGCGUUCAUACUCUUCCUCGAGGUUUUCUUGGCCAAUCGUUCGGUCAAAAGCUUGCUGAAGGUCUUUUAAACACAUACCGUCGGUUGGUAGAGGACCAGGAGGGCAAGCUGACACAACCUCAAGCUUUGCAGCUCUUAUUUGAUGUCCGAUUCAUCCUCCGUUUGUUGGUUUGGCCUCUCACUAGUACAGAAAAACGGCCUUCAAACGUCAAUUCCCCCACCGUGGAGGAUAUGGCUGAGAUUGGACAGGAUCUCUUAAAACGUCUUGAGGCCGCAGUAGAUCCCUUUGAUCUGGAGAUGUCCUCGGAACCCCUAAAUAUUGGGAUCGGUCAUGCUGUGCGAACGACUGCUGUUCUUUAUGCUGCCCUGCUUCCAGUGACUUCCACAAUCGCCUCCGCAGAUCAGGUGGGAGAAGGCAAGUCCGAGGAGUUUUCCAAUCUCGGAUUUCUUGCCCUGAUUCCGGUUUCGAAGGGGUUAGAGGGAAGGGAGGCAGAAAAGGCUAAGAAAACAUUAAUUUUCGGCCUUCUUCCUUUUUCCCUAUCCCAAGUUCGACCCCCGCCUCAUGUGACACCUGCUGUCAGGAAAAGAUCUAAACCACCCCCAGAGAAGUCCAAAGAGGUUUCAUCGGCUUCUCGCGGCUCAUCUGACUUUUCUUGGUUCGGUGGACUUUCCUUUACCUAA